AUGCUAGAUUGUACAGAAGAGAUUAAGGAAUUAAAACUAAAAAUUCAACGAUUAACCGUGCUUAAAAUGAAUUUCUUACAUCCAUCUUCAAAGCCUACUCUUCCUGAGAAAACAAAGCCAGCUUUGAUAACGAAAGAGACAAGGGAAUUGCAGUUACAAGUUAGUGAUACAGAGACAAAAAAUGAAUUAUUACAAAAAUCUUACCAGGACUUUGAAUCUGACAAAAAUCGAUGGCAGCAGAGGAUUCAUUCAUCAGAAAUUGAAGUUCAGAAUCUAAAGAAGCAACAUGUAGAGUUAGAAAAAGAAACUCGUAAAUAUCAAGAUGCUCUUGGAAAACUGAAAAGUUUUCAUUUUGGAGAUGACCAUAGCAGCAAUACUGUGGAACUUGCAAAAACGAUUUCUGAUGUAGUGGUUUUGUUGGAAGAAUUCACCUCAGUUAAAGGCAAAGAUGUGUCUAUUAAUGAAGAGGCCGCUAAUGAACUUUUACUCCAUUACAAAUGCGUAAUGAGGGUUAAGGAAGGAAAAGGAAAACCGGUGUUAAGCGCUGCUUUACAACGCCGUAUUCUUGAGGAAUUAUUUCGCCUUAUUAGUGAAUAUUCAUUUCAACCGAAGUUUGAAAACCAACAACAAUCACCUUUAUCAUUACAGUCUUCAGAUCAUCAAAGUGAACGUUCUCAACCUCAACAACCAAAGCAACAGCCACAACAACUACAACAACAGCAACAACUACAGCAACCACAACAGCCACCACCACAACAACAAUCACAAAUACAACAAGAAGUAGAUCAACAAGAUCCAGAGGCAAGCCCACCCCUAUCUCCAAUCCCAGAAGCUUAUACUAUUAAAGUUGAUGACAACAUUCUUGAGGCUGAAAUAGCAACAUGCAUGAAAGUAUUAUGUGAUUUAGUAAAACAACUUUCGGAGUCUCGUAAAGGAACUGACGAUAUAACAAAUUUAACACCCAUAAAUAUCCGUCAGCAAGUUUUUGCAGCAUUAGGAACUCGAGGAUUCUGUAGUGAUAAACAUCCGUUUAUUGAUCAAUUGACAGACACAAUUUUGAAAACUGCUGGUAAAUAUCGACAAUUUAACAACAAAGAAAAGCAAACAGAUUCACAUGAAAGGGCAGCAAAAAUAGCAAAAGAGAUUGUUCUCUUAUAUUUUAGAUUACUUGCUCAAGAACCUGUACCGGAAUUUACGGAAUUUUUUGAAGCUGGUACACCUUUGCAGAUCAAUAUUAUGGAAGGAACAUGGGAUGAUUAUGAAAUUCAUGAUUUAGAAGUGGAAAUUUGCUCAUUUCCAUUAGUUAGUAUUAAAGAUAAAGAUAAUUCUAGAAAAGUACUUUAUAAAGGAGUAGUUAUUACAAGACAAAAUAAUAUAAAUCCAGCUAACAUGGAUUAG